AUGGCUUCUCAUAGAUAUCCACCAACUCUUGGUUUUAGUGUUCAAGGAAGCAACGAUAUCACCAAGAAGAGCUGUGCUUAUCUGGUGAAUUAUGGAGGAAGAAGACAAGAGAUCAAAAUACCUGAAAACUCUUUUGACCUGAAGAUACAACACUUGGAGAAGAAGCCAUGGAAACCUUUUUCUUCUUUGAGAAAUUCUAAUCACUUUCUGGAGUUUGACUCUACCAUGAUGGAUGUUCAUGAGACAGGACAAGAGAAGGUGAUUGAGUUCCUUUUGUCUAGAGAAGAUAAACUCAAAGAGAGAGGAGUUAAUAAUAUGUCUCUGUUUUCUGACUUGAAUAAAGAAUUUUCCAUCAAUCCGGAUGCUCAAAUCCUCUUCUCAAGUGGCAGCAGACCUGAGUUGAAUGAUAUGGUCUCUAUUGCAGCCGAGUUUUAUACGUUGAAGAAGUCAGCUAGAUGGAGAAAACUCUCACGGCUUGUACCACAGUUUUCUAGAUUGGACAGUGAGGUACUCAUAGAUACUCUGCAGCAAGACGAGGUUAACCUCGAUGCAGCUACAUUACCUCCUCAGAAAACUAGGGCCACCAAGCCUUCACGAAAGAAACAGAAUCCGAAAUUGAGAGAUAGAGAGAAUGAUCUCUACAAAAGAAACCACCUCCAUGCAUGUGAGAGUCUCAUCUCAUUGAUGAUAGGCAGUGAACAACAUAGACAAACCACAAUGCUAUCUCUUAAGAAAUCAUGUGGAGAGCUCUCAGAGCUUUUGACUCAGCUGUCAAUCUCCUUUGCUGGAACUGGCAUCGCAGGGUUCUUCUCUGUGGUCUGUAGUGCUGCUUCUGGAAGAGUACCCUUUUGUUGUGCAAACAAUAUCUUGGACACUGGUCUUAGUUUAAGUUUGGUAUUACUCUCGUGGGCGGUGAGUAGUCUCAGGAGAGCCAUAGUCGGUAUCAAUAGGAAAGCGAUCAAAGGCGAAGAAACUACAGAUAAAGUUGAGAGUAGAAUCAAAGAUGUUUACUUCAGAGCUGCAACAGUUAUCAUUAUGGUAGCACUUAGGUUUCGUUGA